AGACCAUUCAUAUUAUCUCAUAACGUUAGAGAGCACACAUUUUAGACGACGUAACAAAUUAUUAUCUACAGUCAAAUGAUAAUCAACAACUCAGUUUAUAUUUUUAUCUUGAACUUUAAUUACAUUGUGUAAAAUGUGGCCAUGGUUUUCAAGGAAAAAGAAAUUAAAAAUAUUUUUUUGUUGCAUUUGGCAGCAAUCAUCGUCAUAAGUAUGACUCUGGUUGAUGCAACGAAUUUCGAUUGUAAAGGCAAAGGCUUUUAUUGUUUAAAUUCAACGCAUUUUAUGAUAUGCGUGGAUUUGGGUUAUGGCGUUUCGACGACGGUUGAUGAUUUCGUUAUACCAUGCCCUCCUCCAUCUCUAUGCAUUGAAACCAACGAAUUUGAAUGUGAGUAUCACUAUAUUACAACUACAGUAAAACCAAUGCUACCCUCCGAACCAAACAGUAAUGUUGAAAUAACAACCAGCUCAUUCAUAGAAGACAUUGACUACACGACAUUUUACCCCCCUUGGUAUGUGAAUGAAAUACAAAAAUCAGAAAAAUAUUUAGUCAAUGUCCCAACGACAGAAAGAAAUAUAAAUACUAGAACUUUAGUAAUAGAGACUACAACAAGGUUAAUUUCUGCUACGCCGAUGGAUAAGGAAAUAAUCGAUUCCCAGACGAAAAACGGUGAAUCUCCACAAACCGUUAAUGAUUUUACAGAAGUGAUAACACCUUAUGAAAUAGCCAGUACAGUGGUGUAUAACGAUUUAACGACAAAUAUUGUUGGACCAUUAAAUUUAUCAGAAUAUAAUUUUGGUCAAGUAUCUGGCAAUCAAGAACACGAUAUUAAUACAUCUACAAGCCGAUACGACGAUGAAAUAACAUUACCACCUAAAUUAAACUCAAUAAAUGUGACAGCGGAGACUAACCCAGCUUAUAUGUAUAAUUCGUAUGAAACAAAUCGUACAUUUAUAAAUGGAAAUCUCCUAACAGAAACGCUUGAGCAAUAUGAAAGUACUACAUACGUCCAUGAUUUCGAUACCACUGCAACAACUUCACUAUCGGUAAAUGAGCCUGAAAGUUUUAAUAAACAAAAAUAUUUGACAAAUGCAAUACCACAAAUUAACAACACUAUUUUAGCCAUGCCAAAAUAUGAUGAAGAAAAGAAGUUAUCAACCGACGAACAUUCGACAGAUUCUACCGGAUCAUCUUUUAUCGGUUUUGGCAAUAAAUCUAGUACAAAUAAAUCAAUUAAUUUACUAAACAGAGAAGGUGUUACGAUUUCAAAUCAAAAUCAAGUUGAGUCAACUGUAAAGGCCGCAAUGCACGAAACUGAAAAUUUAAUGGAUCUUCAAUUUAGGGCGACAACAAAUCAAAAUCUUGACUCCGUUGCUAAUACGAAUUAUUACGCGACUACUCACCAGGAGUUCAAAAACACAACUGAAAUAAUAGCUCCAUCAGAUAUUGAGGCCCGCCUUGUUUUUGAGACGACGACGAGUCAAUUACCGAAGCAAAACUAUACGACUCCCUCAGAACAAAAUAAUUAUGACCUUAUUGGAACUAUGACUGUAACAAAGAAUGAGUCAGAGUUUUUAUCAGAUAAAAAUAAUAUUGUAACAGAAAAUAACCACGAGUUACUUCCAGAUGAUUCGGAUAAAGUCAAAACAUCUCCCAAUCACCAAUACUUAGACGCUACUACGACUACUGAAAUAGGACUUGAACCAGUAUCAAAAGGAGAAUAUGAAGUAAAUGAAGAAUAUGUCACUUUUCCUAGCCAGAUACAUAGUGAUAUAGAUAAAUUAUUGCCAUUACUGGAAACUGACUAUAUAAUGAGACCCCAAGCUCAUAAAACAACGACUGAAAUAGAAUCAAAGACACCCUUAGAACAAAAUAAUUAUGACCUUAUUGGAACUAUGACUGUAACAAAGAAUGAGUCAGAGUUUUUAUCAGAUAAAAAUAAUGUUGUAACAGAAAAUAACCACGAGUUACUUCCAGAUGAUUCGGAUAAAGUCAAAACAUCUCCCAAUCACCAAUACUUAGACGCUACUACGACUACUGAAAUAGGACUUGAACCAGUAAAUCAAGAAUAUGUCACUUUUCCUAGCCAGAUACAUAGUGAUAUAGAUAAAUUAUCGCCAUUACUGGAAACUGACUAUAUAAUGAGACCCCAAGCUCAAAAAACAACACAUGAGUCAGAUUUUUUACCAGAUAAAAAUAAUUUUGUUACGGAAAAUAACCACGAGUUACUCCCAGAUGAUUCGGAUAAAGGCAAAACAUCUCCCCAUCACCAAACCUUAAACGUUGCUACGACUACUGAAAUACGACUUGAACCAGUAUCAAAAGGAGAAUAUGAAGUAAAUCAAGAAUAUGUCACUUUUCCUAGCCAGAUACAUAGUGAUAUAGAUAAAUUAUCGCCAUUACUGGAAACUGACUAUAUAAUGAGACCCCAAGCUCAAAAAACGACGACUGAAAAAGAAUCAAACUCUGAUAUAAAUAGAAUUUAUAAGACGACAAAUCACCAAGAGUAUUAUAAUAAAUUUAGUACGGACGCAUUGACAGAAAAUGAUUUCUCUUCAGACAGUCUUUUCACAGAUAUGUCAAGUACUUUGUCGUAUCCCGAAGAUCAAACAAAGCAAUAUAAUUACUACAACAGUAUUGAAACAACUACAUCAACACAAAAUAACUAUGAUUUUUUAACAGAUAAAACAGAUUUUGUCCCAGAAAAUAACAACUCGACCUAUAAUAAUUCAGAUUCUUACGCAACAACAAUAGUAAGGUUAGAACAAGUAUUAAACAAACAAAAGUCGGUAGAUGAAUUACUGAAACCGAAAUAUACAAAGACUUUCGACAGCACAAAUCUGAAAUCUAACUUGAAAACUGUAUUACCGGUUCAAAAUUUAACGAACCUCCACACAGAAACAUUUUCUUAUCAACCAAAAUCAUACACGGAUAUGAAUGCAUCUGACGAGAGGACAAUAAAGAAAAAUAUAGCAAAUGAAACCGAAAUCAAAUUUCUUAUGAUAGAAAUGCUUAGUAAAUUACCAGAACAUAAUACAAUAAAACAGGACAAUAAUGAUGACCUUAUAGUUUCUACAACAGAAAAUGGGUCUGUUUUUCCAUCAGUUAAAACUGGUUUUGUUACAGAGAGUGAUCAACAUGUGGAUGAAGUUCAAGAACGUUUGAAUACAGUCGAAACAUCUAUUUAUGACCGAAAUUCACUUACCGCUACAAAAAGUUAUGAAUCUACAACGAUUACUAGCCAAACAGAAUUUAGUCAAAAUUUUAAUUAUUCUUUAGGAGAAUCAGCUGAUCAUAACAAUUUUAACUCAUUUGCAACAACUAAAGCGCCAGAAAACAGUGAUCAUAUUGUUCAGGAAACUUUGAAUAGAUUGCCCUUACAAGAAGAUGAAAUAUUAUUUCAAACGAAAAAAUUUUAUACAAUUCAAACAACGAGCAAACCGCAAAAUGUUUUAUCAGACAAAAUAAAUUUUGUUACAGGAAAUAAUAAUCAAGUGAACACAUCAUCAUCAAUACUUUCACAUCAAGGAGAAAUAUAUCCUUACGACCAAAAUUUGAAUAUGGAUACAACAACAGUGUUGGAGUUUGCACCGGUAUCUAAAAGCCGUGAAUCAUUAAAUUUGGAAAAACAUAUACCAUCAUCAAACCCACAAAACUAUUAUACUCCUGGAACAACCACCAUUACUGAGAGUAUAUCUGAUUCUAAAAUCGAUCAAUAUUUCGAAAAAUUACCAAACCAAGAAUAUCAAUCGGUUCCUGAUCAAACAACAUUAAAACGGACAGAAACAGAAACGGCGAGUUCACUUAAAAGUGUACCAGGAUAUGGAACGUCAAAAAAUCUGGCAGGAAGUAUGGUAAAUAAAGGUACCGAAGUGGUUACUCUACAAAAACAAUUUUACACUCCAGUACCAUCUCAAAAUAUAUAUUAUAUUCCACAAUUUUUAAAUAAACUUUCAAAACAAGAAUAUCUUUCAACAACUUCUACACAACAAAAUAACACCACCACAACUCCAACGAAUACAUCAUCAUAUAAUGCGUUCCAUGCUGUAACAGAUAAAAGCCAAUUUAAUCCAGAAAGUGAAACUGGUACCGAUCAACAUAAGAAAUCUUUCAGUAUUACGAAAAAAAUUGUCCCCGAAAUGCAUACUACUACUUUUCAACAAUAUAUCGGUCCUACUACUAAAACACCUGGAUUAUUUACAUCUGAGGUGAAUAUUUCAUUAGAUAAAUCGCUGGAUCAGCCAUACCUCGACGAAAAUGAAAAUGUUACCGUGAAAAUAAGAGACCAUGAGGUAAUGGAUACUUUACACAGAAUGCCCUCUGAAGAUAGACCAGAUAAUCAGAAAAAAAUAAAUGUUAAUAUAUCAAAAUCUAGACCACGAAAUGAAACUUCACCAGAUAAUUAUAUAAUCGCUACAGAAUCUUCAAACCCACAGAAUGGUUUUUCACGUAGUGACUAUGAAAAUAUCUUAGCUGCUACAAGUACCUCAACAACUGAACCGAUUAAUAAGUUGAAUACCGAAAUGAAAUUUGAAGAACAUAACAAUGAGGAGAAACAAGUAAAUGUACUGUUAAAACCAUUAUUUAAAUUAAUUGCACCAACAACAGACCAUUUGGUUGAUACUAUAUCAGAGACUCUAAUAUUAACAAAUAACGAUACCAUACAAGAUUCUAGUACAUUAAAUACGACUUACUCAAAUAAUUUAAUUACUCCUGAAUACUACACUGAACAAACCCAGCAAGACUUAUCAAAAAUAGUAAUAAAAUCUCCAGAUAAAUAUUUUGACAUAGGCGAAGCGUCACAACAUAUCGGUGAAACAUUAACAACAGGCACCGCAACGCCUACCCAUGAAACUAAAAGUAGCGGAAAAGCCUUGACUAAAACUAAAAAUGGUCUUGAUACUCAACACAAAACGAAACUAUACGUCAUUUUCAAUGGUACAUUUUCAACUAUUCCGAUUAAACCUUUGAUAAAUAAAAAUUUCGAAGUUACUAAUAAAACUAAAAAAUUUGAAAAGAAUACUUCACAAAAUGUCUCUAAUUUUGAUACUUUCAAGAAAAUACAAUGGUAUAGUACCCCAAGCUCAAACCGCACAUUAAAAACAUCUAGUAAACUUCACUAUACACAAGAACCCACUAAAAAUUAUAACAACGACACAAGAUCUAUUCGAAGCACAUUGCCUCCAUUGCUAAUCAAUUCAUCAAUUUUCAAAGAUAACCAAGUCUUAAACAGCACAAUAAACCGUUCGUUUAAAGCUCCAACCACAGCUAUGGUUUACGAAAGUAACAUCACAAAUCCUUUAAUUACCAAGAUGAUAACGCAAACAGAAAAAGUAAAACUGUUUACAGCAAGUACACAAGCAAAUACUACUACAUCUAAUAAAUAUUAUACUCUCCAAACAGCUAAAAUUAACGGUGCCAAUAUAAACAAAACAUCCAAACCAUCGACACAUAAUGUAACCAAUUUUAUGAAUAUAAGUAAUAGUAGAGCAAGCAUCCGAAAUAAUGUAACGAUUACUAGACAUAAUUCAACAUUUAGUUGCUUGAAUCGUCUACGUGGAAAAUAUUCUGAUGCAAAUAGCUGUGGCAAAUUCUACAUAUGCAUCGGAAGAGUGAACCCUAUUGUUGGGAAUUGUCCUGGAAAUACAAUUUUUAGCGAUAUUUUGAAGCAGUGCACAAGAAAUUUGUCACAUUGCAUCAGAAACAAUCGGUUUAAAUGUGUUUCAUCAGGAAGAUAUAGUGAUGUUUGGAAGCCUGAUACUUAUUACAUUUGUGUUAAAAGUAAAAAUAAGUAUGUGCGAUUUACACUGAAAUGUCAAAACGGGUAUCAUUUAGAUAAACAGUCUAUUACCUGUGUAGAGUUUAGCGUUUCUACUCCUAUUACACCAGUGUCACAAAAAGUCGAUUCUAAUUCUAAACUGAGCGUAAGUAGUUCGGAUUCCAUAUCUACUAGUAGAAGGCAAAGCGGUAGAAAUGAUUUUAGUUGCACUAAAGAAGGCAAAUACGCGGAUCCCUAUGAUUGCAGAAAGUAUUAUGUAUGCAGUAAGAACUCAAAAUCAGAAUUUCGGCGAAGGAAUAGAAAAUGCGACUCAGAUGAGGUUUUCCACAGAAAGAAGAAAAAGUGCGUGGAUGCCGAUAGUUAUGAAUGCAACUAAUUAAAAAACAAAUAGUUUUAAUAUCUGUUAAAAAAUGUUUUAAUUUAUUCCAUUAUUAUAAAGUCACAAUUGGCUAAAUAUUUAAUAACUGUUAAAAUAAAAUAACAACAUAAUAUUAAAUAUAUUUUAUUAAAAUAAAAUUAUGUUAAAUUAUUUUUGGUCUCACUGUUAUGGUUAUUGGGGGUUUUUAUAAAUAUUAAAACUGUUCCGCACUGUUUUACCAUGAAUUGAAUUAAAUUUACAUAAUUUAUUUAAUUUCCACUGUAUAAAAUAUAAGGCCUCAGUCUUUAAAUUUAAAGGUAAAAUAUAUUAUUAUAUUUAGUUUUUCCGUGGUCUUCUGAAUGGGGAACCAAAACCUAGUAGAAAUUGAUCUCCAUCAUCUCUCUCCAGCGCUAAACAGAACUUGUUCGAAAAAACUGUACAUCGUACUGUCGUUUCUCCUCGGACUGGUCUUUGAGGGCAGAAGUAAGCAGCACGAACCGGCCCUUGAUCAUCUGUCAAUGAAAACUUAUAAUUUUCACAUUCAAUUGGUCUACGCACGCCACUAGAUAAGCCUUGUCCAACAAUUCGAUUUGAAUUCAAUUUACGAUUUUCAUCAGCGUAUAAUUUCGUUUCUGUUUUAGUUGUGUUUCCAAGGGGGCAUUUAUAUCUGUCGGGCGAAGUGCAUGCCCUGGUGUAUCCAUUAAAUAUUGUGUUACCAGAACAUUUAAAUCGGAUCCCUUGAAAUCUUUUUUUGUUCGGAAUGCACAUGAUAUAUCCCUUGCAGCCUGGCACAUUGGGGUCAGCAAUUCUUUCGUUAUGAUAGCAACGAACAUUUCUGCUUACUGUUGGGUCUAUGUAAUUUAUGGCGUCUUCACAAACAGCACUAGAAUCUUCAUUGCAAAUUGUAUUCGUUGGGCAAAGAAAGGCAGGGCCUAAGGCGUUUCCUUCCUCACAAAGUCUUAACCUCGAGACGCCAUCGCAAACAAAUCCGUAUGGACCACAUUCGAUUUUACCACUAAAAUAUUUUGAUGCGAUGGUAUUAUAACAGGGCACC